CCGUUUCUGGUUUUAGAGCGUGGUAUAAGGAGUUUUGAAAAGAUGAAUUAUUAUUAUUUAUGUGUAUUUUAAAAGUUCUUCGUUGGUAAUAUAUAUGUGUAUUAAACAUGUUUGCCCGAGGAAAUAAAUUAUCACUACGUUCAUUAGCCUUAAUACAGGCAAAUAAGGGAGGAGUUUCUUUUUGUAAAUUUCGAUAUAAGUGGCAUCGAACGUUUGAAACUUCUUCACAGUGUUGUGGGAAAAGAGAUGAUACAAAUUUUUCAUCAUUGUUUAUUCCUGUACCUAUAAAGCCAAAUCCAGAUGACAUUAAUGUUGGUGCUGAAUUAACGGGUUCACUGAAUAAAUCAGACUUACUGAAAGUUUUAAAUAAAUUUUACCAAAAGAAGGAAACAAAAAUAUUGGCUUUGGAAAAUGGCCUCGACAAUUAUCUCCUUCAUCAGGCUUAUGUAAGUUUCCGUCGAUACUGUUUAGAGGCAGAAGCAUUGCCUGUUGACCUUCAUGUUGUUAUAAGUGACAUUCUUCAAGGAGCAGGUCAUACUGAUGAUAUAUUUCCUUAUUUUCUGCGUCAUGCAAGACAGAUGUUUCCUCACCUUGAGUGUAUGGAUGAUCUUAAGAAAAUUAGUGAUUUAAGAAGCCCAGCAAACUGGUAUCCUGGUGCACGAACCAUUGCAAGAAAAAUUGUGUUCCAUGCCGGUCCUACAAAUAGUGGGAAGACGUUUCACGCCUUGGAAAGAUUCUUGAACUCAAAGUCUGGAGUGUAUUGUGGGCCUCUGAAACUCUUAGCUUCAGAAGUAUUUAACAAGAGCAAUGAAAGGGGCACGCCUUGUGAUCUGGUGACAGGAGAAGAACGAAAGUAUGCUGAAGCUAGUGGCAAGCCAUCAAGCCAUGUGUCAUGUACUGUGGAGAUGACAUCUGUCAACAUUCCAUAUGAGGUGGCCAUUAUUGAUGAGAUCCAGAUGAUGAGGGAUACAGGGCGAGGCUGGGCAUGGACUAGGGCUCUGCUUGGUGUGAUGGCUGAAGAGGUUCACGUGUGUGGUGAGGAGGGAGCUAUUGAGCUAGUCCAGUCUCUCUUGUCAACAACAGGAGAGGAUAUCGAGGUACGAAAAUACAAACGCCUGACAGAUUUGGAGGUGGAGGACUCGGCAGUUGGCUCCAUGGAUGCGGUGCAACCUGGAGAUUGCAUUGUUUGCUUCAGCAAACAUGACAUAUACUCAAUAUCACGGGGCAUUGAAGCCAAGGGGCAUGAGGUUGCUGUUAUUUAUGGUGGUUUGCCUCCAGGCACAAAGCUUGCACAGGCCCAGAAAUUUAAUGACCCUGAGAACUCCUGCAAGGUUCUGGUAGCUACGGAUGCCAUUGGCAUGGGAUUGAACUUGAGCAUCCGACGUGUCGUGUUCUACUCCUUGAUGAAGCCGACAGUCAAUGAGAAGGGAGAGAAAGAGAUGAACACCAUUUCAGUAUCACAAGCUCUGCAGAUUGCAGGAAGAGCUGGACGGUAUGGCACACAGCACAUGAAGGGCUUUGUAACAACAUUUAAACCAGAAGACUUGUGGACACUCAAGAAUUUGCUGUCGCAGUUGCCAGAACCCAUCACCAAGGCAGGCCUGCAUCCCACAGCUGAGCAAAUAGAGUUGUAUGCCUACCAUCUGCCCAAUUCAACACUGUCGAAUCUUAUGGAUAUUUUUGUUACACUGUCUACAGUAGAUGACUCUCUGUACUUCAUGUGUAACACAGAAGACUUCAAGUUUCUGGCAGAUAUGAUUCAGCAUGUCCCCCUUCCUCUUCGUGCCCGGUAUGUCUUCUGUUGUGCUCCAAUCAACAGGAAGUUACCAUUUGUCUGCACCAUGUUCCUCAAGUUUGCACGGCAGUACAGCAAGAACGAAGCACUGUCUCUGGACUGGCUGUGUCGUAACAUUGGCUGGCCGUUUGCUUCUCCCAAGACUAUUAUUGAUCUUGUCCAUUUGGAAGCUGUGUUUGAUGUUCUGGACUUGUAUUUGUGGUUCAGUUAUCGCUUCAUGGAUUUAUUCCCAGCUGCCAGCCUUGUACGUGAUAUGCAAACAGAGCUUGAUGCCAUGAUCCAACAGGGUGUGUUCCAACUAACUCGCCUUCUCAAGAACUCUGAGACAGGUGUCAGUAGUGGAACGUUAGCUGCUAUAGAUGAAGAUGACUUUGCUGUUAACCGACGGAAGCAAUCCUAUCUCCGAGAAACAAAAAGCAGUGAGAUGCUCCAAAUUGGACGAGGUCGCCUGACAGAGAAGCUUCUUGCACAGGGUUUACUUACACCAAACAUGCUGCAGGAAUUACGCAGAGAGUGGACACAGACUGGUUACAGUGAACCUGAUGAUUCUCCACCUUCACAUACAAAGAAACCACGACAAAGGAGAAAACCCAAGUAAAUAUUUCUCUCCAUAUUACUGCAGCUGUGAGUCUUCAAAAGUUGGUAUCAGUAAACAAUUUCCACUGUAUAGUGUGAUGUGCUGUAAAUCACUGUCAGUGGUUGUUUAGUUCAAUAUCCUUGUAGUGUAUGUAAGAGGGCACUUAAUUACCAACUUUACAUGCUGUAAAUAUGAUAUUUUGCUGAAGUGUUGGCUUCUUCUGAUCUUGAAUAAAUUUUGAAAUUGGACUUGGAA